GUUUUAUUCAACAAACGUGUUUGAAAAUAAUUUGUUUUUAUCUAUUCAUAUGACUAAAAUAUUCAUUAAUAAUGUUUACUACAAAGUCAUUUAUUAAAAAAAAUAAAGUUGGAAAUUUUUUAAAGCAUGUCAGAGAACAUUACAUUAGAGAUGAUAUAUUUUGUGGGUUCAGUUCAUGCGAAAAAUGUUACUUGAUUGAUUCAAAUUUAUCUGAAGUUCAAGUGAAUAAAUGUUCGCUGUUUAAGUUCAAUCACUACUUAAUUUUGGACACAAACAUUAUAUUGGACCAGAUUGAUGUUUUGGAAGAAGCAGUUAUUGGAAAUGUGAUAAUCUUGCAUACAGUAUUGAAAGAAGUAAAACACCAAAGUCUGCCCACUUAUAAAAGAUUAAUGAGCAUUAUUGAUAAUCCCAGCAGACACUUUUACAUAUUCACAAAUGACCACCACAAGGAUACUUUUGCUCAACAAAAUCCUGGUGAAUUGGUGAAUGAUUACAAUGAUCGUUUAAUCAGAAAUGCAUGUUUGUGGUAUAUGAAGCAUUUACCAAACAAAAAAUUUGUACUGGUAACUGAUGACAAUGCUAAUAGAGAACUGGCCUCUAAAGACAACAUACUUACAACUACAAUUACACAAUAUGUUAAACAUUUGGAAGAAAAUGUGGCAUUGCAAGAUAAGCUAAAGAAAAAGGAUGUGGAGUUUCAGAAAGAUUCUCAAGUUAUAUACCCACCACAUUUAUCCACAAGUGCUAUGUUAAUAGGUAUUAAAGAAGGUGUGCUACAUCAAGGUACAUUUAGAGCAUCCAGAGACAAUUUCUUGGAGGGAUUUGUUAGUGUGGAGGGAUAUGAUGAACCUGUUUUAGUACAGGGCAGAGAAGGUCUAAACAGAGCAGUUGAUGGGGAUGUUGUGACUGUGGAAAUUUUCAAACAGUCUGAAUGGAUUUGUCCUAGUGAAAUUAUUCUGGAGGAUGAGGGUCAGUUGGAAGAAAACAUUGAUGAUGUUAGGAAAAAAGAAAUUGAAAUGAAAAAAAAUGCAAUGGAAAGGAAAAAAAAGGAUGAGGUUAAACCUACAGGGAAAGUUGUUGGUAUCAUCAGGAGAAAAUGGAGACAAUAUUGUGGAAUUCUGCAAGGAAACAAUGAUGGUGUGUAUCAAAUAUUUGUACCAGCAGACAGUUGUAUCCCAAAAAUUCGAAUUGAAACUCGUCAAGCAGCAUUUUUAAGAACACAAAAACUGAUUGUUACAAUUGAUUCCUGGCCUCAACACUCCAGAUACCCACAUGGACAUUUUGUUAGAGCACUUGGUGAAAUUGGCAAGCAAGCAACAGAAAACGAGGUAGUACUACUUGAACAUGAUGUGCCUCAUAGCCAGUUCUCACAGGAAGUUCUGAAUUGUCUUCCCAAACUUCCUUGGAUAAUAACUGAUGAGGACGUGAAAAAGAGAGUUGAUCUAAGACAUUUGGAUAUUUGUUCAGUAGAUCCUCCGGGUUGUACCGAUAUCGACGAUGCUUUGCAUUGUCGUCCAAUUGAUGGUGAUAAAUUGGAAGUGGGCGUCCACAUUGCUGACGUUUCCCACUUUAUUAGACCUGGCACAGCACUUGACUUAGAAGCUGCGUCAAGAGCCACAACCGUUUAUCUCAUUAACAAACGUAUUGACAUGGUUCCAGAACUUUUGAGUUCGAAUCUUUGUUCCUUGAGAGGUGGAGAGGAAAGAUUCGCAUUUUCCUGUGUCUGGGAGAUGGAUAAGGAGGCAAAUAUUUUAAAUACUAGGUUUCAUAAAAGUAUAAUCAAGUCUAAAAGGGCUAUGACAUAUGAGGAGGCUCAGAUAACUAUUGAUGAUAAAUCAAAGAAUGAUGCGUUAGCACAGUCGUUAAGGAAUCUUAAUAUGCUCGCAAAGAUACUUAAGAAAAGGCGUAUGGAUAAUGGAGCUUUAGUUUUGGCUUCACCUGAAGUCAAAAUUCGUAUGGACUCUGAAACGAUGGAACCGCUGGAUGUAGAGGUGAAAAAAUUGUUUGAAACAAACUCCAUGGUGGAAGAGUUCAUGUUAUUGGCCAAUAUUAGCGUAGCAACGAAAAUUUUGGAGGAGUUCCCCGAUUGUGCCAUGCUUAGAAGACAUCCUACUCCUCCUAGUACUAAUUUCGAUCCACUAAUCAAAGCUGGACGGCACUUAGGCUUUGAAAUCAACAUCGACUGCGGUAAAAACCUUGCAAAAUCUCUGGACGAAGCCGUGUGCAAAGAAAACCCGUACUUGAACGUUAUGAUGAGAAUCCUCGCCACAAGAUGUAUGUUGCAAGCAGUCUAUUUUCCAAGUGGUGCUAUGCAAAGAGAUGAGUACUUCCACUACGGAUUGGCUGUACCCAUUUACACCCAUUUCACAUCUCCAAUCAGAAGAUACGCGGACAUCAUAGUGCAUAGAUUAUUAGCUGUAACAUGUGGUGCUGAUUGUACUUAUCCAGAUCUGCUGGACAAACAAAAAACGUUGAAUCUGUGUCAAAACUUGAAUUACAGGAACAGAAUGGCGCAGUAUGCAGGAAGAGCCAGCGUCACAUUCAACACACAUUUGUUCUUUAAAGGAAAGGUACAGGACGAAGAAGGUUACGUAUUAUACGUGAGGAAAAACGCCUUGCAAAUAUUAAUACCGAAAUAUGGUUUAGAAUGUAACUUAUUCCUGGCAUCCAAAGGCGAAACCUCGAAUAUUUUCGAAUAUGAUGAAGAUACACAAACCCAAAAGGCAGGUGACAUUGUCAUUCACAGUUUCGACCGCGUAAUCGUUCGUGUGAGCUUGAAUUCACGCAAUAUACAACACGAGAAGUUUGCCUUAGAACUUGUAGAACCUUUUGUGGAAGGUUUCAGUGUACCUCCCCUUUCCAAUACAAAUAUGGAGGUGAAUCCUGAACAGGAACAAGCACAAAUGGAGGUUGAUGAGGUUCCAAAAAAGAAACUAAAACGUACGAGAAAAUAAAUGAAAUUGAGAGUUAUGUAUUUUUAAAUAUUGAUUGAUUUUCAUUUUAAUAAUAAAAUAUUGUAUAUAUAUAUAUAUAUAUAUAUAUAUAUA